CCCUUAUUUUGGUCAACCACAUACCCCUGCUUGCCCACUCUUGGUCAGUCAACCACAAACCUCUGCUUGUCUACUCCUAGCCAACCAGAGACCCCUGCUUGCCUACUCCUGGUCAACCAGAGACCCCUGCUCCCUCUUCUAGCCCCACUGUUAUUUUCAGUCACUUUUGGCUUCCUUGAGUCCAUUUUGGGCUGCAGUGGCUGUUAACAAAAGUCCACCGCCUAAAACGGAACUCACUGCGCCUUGCUAAUUGCGGCCACAUCUGGCUUCCUCUGUGUUGGCUACUUAAGCUGUCACUUCCUGCUUCCCUGCAUGUGGAGUCUAUUUCAGGGGUUAAAGGGGCGCCUAAUCAUCUUAUCUCUGUGCACCAGGAAUCUGGGUGCUGAAAGCCGAGAUCUUGGAUCCGGGAUCAGAAACCCAAACCUCGGAUCGUUAACGGCCUGCAAAAUGCUAGAAGGCUCUGGAUGUAAAAAGCACUCACUAUAUAAGCAACCACGGAAAAGGGACAGAAGCGGCGAAAAUUUCCGGAAGCGAUGGCAGACCCUAGCCAAAACUGGUUAUGCUCUUCAUCAGGCCUACGGCGCUAGGAUCUAUUUCUCGAUAUCUAUCCCGAGGACACGAAGAGACUUCGUCUUCCGUUCAGAGAGGGAUGUCGUGCCCAUCUAGCCGGGUGAUUUGGAAACGAUGUAUCCCCAGCCAGUUAUAGUUACUGGGGAUGAGACUGAGGAGGCUUGAAAGCCCGACUUGAAGUCUACAGAGAAGUAGGGAGGAGGGAGAUUCUUAUUCUAUAUACGACAUCUAUAGGGAAAAACUGAACACGACUGUUGAAACAGCCCUGGUACUGUACUUUAUAGAGACAGCAAAUAUAGAAGAGAUUGUAAGGAAGUUUACAGCCAACGGCUAGACCGC